UCUCUCUCUCUCUCUCUCUCUCUCAUCGUUUUCAUUAUUACACAAAUCUCUCUCACUUUCUCUCUCCAAAGCUUCCUCCUUUGCAUGGACUGAGAGAGACAGGGCGACUCUCUCUCUCUCUCUCUCUCUCUCUCUCUCUCUCUGUCCUUAGCACUGUCGCCUCUGGGCAUUACCGACACCAACAAGCGGCGCAGCAAAGUUCACUUGUGAUGUCGCGAACCUGCUCGCAGUGCGGGAACAACGGGCACAACUCGCGCACGUGCCCUGAGGGCGGAGGACCCAACAUGGAGGUGGAGGCGGCGGAGGAGAGCGGCAUCAUGCUGUUCGGCGUCCGGCUGACUGACGGCGCCGCCUCGUUCAGGAAGAGCGCCAGCAUGAACAACCUCUCCCAGUACGACCAGGCCCAGCCCCAGGAUUCCAACGUCGAUGCCGGCUACGCCUCUGAUGACGUCGUCCACCCCUCCGGCCGCUGCAGGGAGCGGAAGAGAGGGGUCCCGUGGACGGAGGAAGAGCACCGGCUAUUCCUGCUGGGGCUGCAGAAGGUGGGGAAGGGAGAUUGGAGGGGGAUUUCCAGAAACUUCGUCAAGACUCGGACCCCGACCCAGGUUGCGAGCCACGCUCAGAAGUACUUCCUCCGGCGGAGCAACCAGAACCGCCGGCGCCGCCGCUCCAGCCUCUUCGACAUCACCACAGACUCUUUUAUGGGUUCAUCAAUGGAGGAGGCGAAAGUGCAUCGGGAGACCCUGGCUCUGCCUCAACCGGCCCCAAAUCCCGGCAGGAUCUCUCUGUCUUCUACCUUCCCGGUGGCCCUCAACCCCGUGUUUCUGCCUAUGAAUCCCGAGAAACAAGCGGAACAGCUCGGCACGUCGAAGCUAGAAAGACCCUCCAAGCCCAUCCGCCCGAUCCCGAUACUCCCGGUUCCUCCGUCCUCCAGAAUGGCCGCACUCAACCUUAGCAAGACAUCAUUAACAGCAGCAAUGGUCAUCGACCCUCUGCCUCUGUCGCUGAAGCUCUCGGCCCCAUCAUCAUCAUCAUCGUCACCGGCAUCAUCGACCGAACAGAAGGCUCAGUCCCCAUCUGCGGCGCCACACUCAUCGUCUACCUUCCCGGCCAGCAGCGACAACAUCAUCAGUGUUGCUUGAAGAAUUACAUGUGUGUGAUCUGAACAGUUGAUGAUGGGUUGCUAUUUGAUUAGAUUAAGUGAAGAAGGCUAGGGGUUUGUUAUAGAUGUAGGGUCAAAUUUAGGUGAUUCCUUGUCUGUACAGAAUUGAUUAAAGCUGGUUAGCUUAGCUAGGGAAAGAUUGAAGCAGAGGGAUGCGGUGUCGUUGUCGUUGUCUGUUCUGUACGUUCCGUUUUUUUGUGGGUUUUUACUGUAGGGAAGAGAGCGCCAGGUUCUGUCCUUUGCUUAUCAUCAGAUCAGCGUCUUCAUCGUCAUGGUGGGUUCCGCUGCUGCUUGGCUUCAGGGUCUUCCAUCAGCUAGGAAAAAAUAUCUAAUGUUGAAUAUUCUGCCUGUGUCAUAACUUCGUUCUAUAAACACUUUAAUAUAUAUAUGUAUUUGUCGGGUUUCUUUCUAUGUGA